UAUAUAUAUAUGUAUAUACAGCAUAAUGAAGGAAAAAAAAACCAAAUCCUUUCAUCGUUUGUCUUUCUUAGGAAAAUAUAUAUUACAUAUUAAGUAUUAUGUUAUGUUAGUAUUUAUCAGGUUGUCAUUAUAAACUGAAAGAGCAGCAUGCAUUUGUUUUUAAAAAAACAAAAAUAAACCACCACCCUGACUAGGAUUACAGUAUGCAACACUGAUUAGCCAAAAUAGACACCUGUUUCCUUUAGUUCUGGUCAGCAGUUUCAUGUUGUUCAGUGUGUUUGUUUGUGUUUGUUAUGAACAUGCUAUGAGUGGCGGCAGAGGUAGCAACGUACCGUGUUUGUAACACUCCUGGAUUACACACGCAAAGGGUUUCCAGCACAGCCAUGUCCUCUAACUGAAGAAACUGGCGUUGCUGUAAUGUGAUGAGGGGGCUGCAGCCUGUUUGGGGAGUUGCAGACAGAUAAGAAGGGGAUAAGAACCACUGGAAAUUUAAAUCUGUAAUUUUGAACAGGUCAACAGAAACAUUCCGGUCAUACACUGUGACUAACUGUGAUGCGGUAACAAACCUACAUAGUUAACUUUUAGUGCACAGGACUCCUCCUGUAUUUGGGUGUAUCACUGAUGUCUGCUAUUACUAUAUACUUACUAAUCACUCAUUUAUUAUUCUAAUAAGCCCUUCACAAAAACCCAACAAAGACAGUUCCAGUAAAUUGAGAGUAAUUUAUGGUGCUUAUUGUUGAUUAAUCUGGAAUGCUAUGUCAUGGAUCAGGUUGCUCUCGUUUCCCGCUUUCUCAUUUGGAGGUACACUCUCAUCAUUGCUGUUUCUUUCUCUCCACAGGAGUGAAGCGCUCCCUGCUGUAGGAUGCUUGUUGAACUCCGUGGUUUCUUUCUAGUCAGCUGCUGACGGUCCGCAGUAGCAUGAUGCUAGACGUCCCCACGCAUCCCGUCCCGAGGCGCCUCCCCAAGUGAUAUGAUAGUAGCCACCUGGAUUGCAUUCUGUGCCAGCAGGAGCCUUGCAGGGGUUCUGCGACUGACUGUCGAACAGCUGCGAUCUGUCCAGUUGUGGCAGAGCCUCGUGGGUCGCGGAGACAUGGGAAACAGUUGCGUGUGCCGAGAGGACAGUGACGUGGAGGAGGGAGUGGCGCCUCGGAGGCAGCUUAGGCGGGUGGAAAACUCUGAGCCCCCCGAGGCCAGGGGCAGCCGGCCCAGGGAUCCUGUCCGACCGCCCCGGCGAGGCCGCGGUCCUCACGAGCCGCGGCGGAAAAAGCAGAAUGUCGACGGGCUGGUGCUGGAUACACUGGCUGUUAUCAGGACACUUGUAGACAAUGACCAGGAACCCCCUUACUCGAUGAUAACAUUGCAUGAGAUGGCUGAAACCGAUGACGGGUGGCUUGAGGUAGUGCAAUCUUUGAUCCGAGUGAUUCCUCUGGAUGACCCGUUGGGUCCGGCUGUGAUCACCCUGCUCCUGGACGAAUGCCCUCUGCCUACCAAAGACGCUCUGCAGAAGCUGUCGGACAUGUUGAGUCUGAGCGGUGCUGUGGCUCACCAGGAUGCCCUCGUCCCGGCCAAGCACCGCAACACCACUGCAGUGCUGGGCUGCCUAGCUGAGAAACUCGCCGGUCCUGCUAGCAUUGCACUCCUCAGCCCAGGAACCCUGGAAUAUUUACUGGAGAGCCUGAGCUCUGAAGCCCACCCUACUGUAAUGCUGUUUGCUCUCAUUGCUCUGGAGAAAUUCUCCCAGACCAGCGAGAACAAACUGACCGUGUCAGAGUCAUGUAUUGGCGAACGGCUUUCAGUCCUGGAGUCCUGGGCAGAUCACUCAGACUACCUUAAACGCCAAGUUGGCUUCUGCGCACAGUGGAGCCUGGACAACCUCUUUUUAAAAGAUGGUCGGCAUUUCACUUACGAGAAGGUCAACCUGAACAACAUCAACGCCAUGCUUAACAGCAACGAUGUCAGUGAAUAUCUCAAGAUCUCUCCCAGUGGACUGGAGGCGCGAUGUGACGCUUCGUCAUUCGAGAGCGUGCGCUGUACGUUCUGCGUGGACUCUGGUGUUUGGUACUAUGAGGUCACGGUGAUCACUUCGGGUGUCAUGCAGAUCGGCUGGGCCACCAAGGAUAGCAAGUUCCUCAACCAUGAGGGCUAUGGGAUUGGAGAUGACGAGUACUCAUGUGCAUAUGACGGCUGCAGGCAGCUGAUUUGGUACAAUGCACGCAGUAAGCCUCACUCCCACCCCUGCUGGAAAGAAGGUGAUGCCAUAGGAUUCUUACUGGACCUUAGCAAGAAACAGAUGAUUUUCUACCUGAAUGGACACCAACUUCCUCCUGAAAAGCAGGUGUUCUCCUCUGCCACGUCUGGCUUCUUUGCAGCAGCCAGUUUCAUGUCCUACCAACAGUGUGAGUUCAACUUUGGGGCCAAGCCAUUCCGCCACCCCCCAACUAUAAAGUUCAGCACCUUUAAUGAAUUUGCCUCGCUUGCAUCUGAUGAGAAGAUAAUUCUACCCAGACACAGACGCCUAGCCCUUUUGAGGCAGGUGAGCAUCAGAGACAACUGCUGCACCCUCUGCUGUGACCAAAUGGCAGAUACAGAGCUGAGACCAUGUGCACACAGUGGUAUUUGCAUGGAGUGUGCCUUACAGCUGGAUACGUGCCCGCUGUGUCGUCAGGACAUUCAGACGCGAGUCAGACUCAUUUCGCACGUGUCCUGACACCAACUCACAAAGCCAAGACUCGGACACUCCCCCUAGCUUCCAUCCCAUCCAAGUCCUGUCCAAGAGAUCCAGGCUGACCGAUAGAAUCAUAAGGCUGUUUCAGGAUGGGAUGCUGCAGCUCAAAAUGUCGAGGAAGGAGAGCUGGAUGUUCUCCUAGUUAGAGAAAGAGGGGGGAAAUGGAGGACGAGAACAAGAAAUAGGAAGGAACAUGUGUACUCUUAAGAUCGUCACCCCCAGUCAGAGAGGAAAAAGGGGAGGUUGAGCAGUUUCUCAGAAGGUCAAGCAUCAUUUCCAGGAACAUGACCGUUAUUGCAUGUCUAGCUGUACAUGCAUUGUGUACACAAGAAUCUGCCUAGGACUCGCUUCUCAAAGGCACUAAUCAAAUGUGCCUGUGUAUCUCUGUGUUCAGAUGUGUUAUGUAUCUGUGACUCUUAUGUUUAAAGCUCAGCCACACAGACAGCAGUUCUUCCUUAAACUUUUUUUUUCGCCCAGUUGAUGCAACUCCUUGAGACACAGAGCGAACUUUAAUAUUUUCCUGGAUCGUUCACUCUCUCUUUGCUGUACUUGACACACUUGUGGGAUGAUUCUCUUGCAUUAUAAAUAUGAUGGAAACCUUAACGAAUUCACAAGCUGUGAUUUUAAUUCUGAUUAUGCAGAUUUUUCUUGUAAUACAAUGAAAAUAUUAUUUAAUAUCAAAAACUAAACAGUUCAAAAAAUUGCAGAGAUAAACCUUUGACUUGCAAGCACACAAAUUCAAGGUGCAGUGCUAUUCUGCAGUCGACACAGUCAUUUGCCUUGUUUCCGUUUGUUGUGUAAGGAAGAUGCACAUGUCUCUGUCGUGUAUACGGAGAGAGUAAAAUGGUAACAUUCAGAAGCAGUUAAUGAGGCUGAAAGCACACAAGCUCUCAAAGAUUGUAAAAGACUGGAUUCACAAUAAUUCUUUUUCUGAACUGUGAUGUUUGUAAUAAACGUCAGAUUUACGUGUUGUAU